GAUUUAGGGUUAUUUAGAUAAAGUUAACUCUGCAUUUCCAUAUUUUCCAACAUUAGUUAAGCUAAUGCUUGAUGUAGUGGGGAAUCAAACUCCAAACCCACACUAUAUCUGGGAAAGAUGCCUGAUGAAUCUACCUCUGACAGAGAAGGACUAAAGACCUCCCUCUCUGCCUACACUUGCUUACACACCCAAAUGCCCUCAAAGUAAAAAACACCUCAAAUUCAAAUCCAGGUGGCACCCACUCAGAGCCCUCAUUUCACACUAGUGUGGGAUAGCAAAUCCACUUCAAUCCCUUCUACACCUGUGUUCUGAGGGGCACCUCACACAAACACAGAUGAGACCCUUUCACGGGCCAUAUUUCACACUGUCACACAUUGCUUUGCCCUUUUUCAAACUGAACAUAAGAGCGACCAAACUGGUUCAGACCAGAGGCCCAUCUAGCCCAGCAUCCUGUCUUUCCAACAGUGGCCAAUGGCAGGUGCCCCAGAGGGAAUGAACAGAGCAGGGAAUCAUCCCAGUGAUCCAUCAAAUAAGAAUAUAUCCUCCUAGCUGGUUAGGAAAUGAACUUCCUCAUUCUGGCUUCUCACUUAUGAAGCGAAUUACGACACCUCUUUAGGACUCUCAAUCUUUUCUCAGAUGGGUUUUAAGGUUAAACCCUUUCCGGGGGUGUAUUACAAAGAGCUGGGCCGAUGCUGGAGUAGUUAAGUAAGCACGGAAGUUUAGGUAACAGGGUAUUACCGAGCCAGGAGAGUUGCAGGCAGCAUCCAGGCGAGAUUUGCUGGACCGCAGGCGCUGCAGCAGGAGUGCAUGGAAAGCUGGUAUCUUCUCACCCUCUGGGAGCUGGGCUGCCCUUGUCUUUUAGUGGGAGAAGAGGAACUGGAGCAGGGGGCAAAUAUCACUGGACAAAGGAGCUGUAAUGGAUCCCAGAUUCUUGCUCAUGCUUGGAUUCAUACAUUCGUCUCUUUCAGAUCCCCCUAAAAGAACUAAGACUGUAUGUGAAGGAAUGUCUGUAAAUAUCUCCUUUAACACCGCUGAGCUAUGUGUUCAACUGAGUAGAAGAGCAGACUCGAACCACACCUGGAGUUCCCCAUGCAUGGUUUGCUUGAAAAAAAGACCUUUAUGCCCUGAAUUCAGAAACAGAUGCAGCAUAUACCUACAUGGCUUGACUCUGCACAACGUGAGCAAAGCCGAUGCAGGGAUUUACAACAUUACACCUCACCUGAAUGGAAACAGAAUUGCCACGAACAUCGUGCACCUGGUGGUGCUGGAUCGCCAGCCAUCCUCCACUCAGGGACCACCCGAUUCUCCUAUAUCUGGGACCACCCGGCCUGAGGGGCCAGAGUCUGUGCAAACAGGGCUCAUGGACGUUCAAUGGGGAUUGGUGAUAGGGAUAGUGGUGGGGAUAGGGAUAGGGAUAGUGGUGGUGAUAGUGUUGAAGAAAUAUAUGCAGUCCCAGUGCUGCAGAAGAAGGCAAAGCUCUGAGCCUCCAGCAACCAACACCACAGAGCUCCAGCCUCUUCCCGCCCAGCCAAACUAA